AUGAUUCUACAAAAUUUUCACAUUUUCCUCGUGGCAAUCGGGCCCCUGGUUGCCGCAGCCUCUGGUUGUUCGGAACGCAACUCUUCAUCACCAGUGAAGACUACAUCUGGUCGUUUUCUGCCUUAUUUCCCGAGCGAACAUCCUGAAGUAGCAUCCUUUCUCGACAUCCCCUUUGCUGAAAGCCCAGUGGGACCGCUUCGGUUUGCACCACCUGUCCCUCGCAUCGCAAAUAGCACUAAGGCGGUGCUUGCUACUGAGCUGCCACCUGGCUGUUUCCAAUAUGUAUUACCAAUGUUGGAGGGCACCGUGGGAUUUUCAGGAAACCAGCCACUGGCGUUCCAGCGUGGAGACUAUAGAAACACAAGUGAGGACUGUCUUCGCCUGUCAGUUUUUGCACCCAAGCACGCUGGAGAAAGUCAAGUUCGCUCGCAAGACACCUCUCACAACAAGAGCCUUCCUGUUCUCAUCUGGGUUCACGGAGGCGGCUACAGCAUUGGGGGAAACAAUAUCCCCUAUCAACUCGCUCCCAGCUGGGUCUCACGCAGCCAGAGCCACAUCGUUGUCCAAGUUCAAUAUCGACUUAACCUGCUCGGAUUUCCAAACGCGGCCGGUAUCGAACAAGAGGGCCGUAACCUGAAUCUAGGGCUUCUGGAUCAGAGGCUUGCUGUAGAAUGGGUGCGAGACAAUAUUGGUCGCUUUGGCGGCGACCCCAGCCGCAUCACCCUCUGGGGCCAGAGUGCCGGAGCAUAUGCUACGGAUAGUUACCUCUUUGCAUGGGCCAAAGACCCCAUCGUGAGCGGCGUCAUUGCGUCCUCCGGGAAUGCCGUUACGGUACCUCUUUUUAAUGUCGACCAUACAAACAACACAAUGUUUUCCGUCGCUGCAAAUAAACUUGGAUGCGGAAACCUUGCACCGGCCGACGAGCUUGCUUGUAUGCGUAAAGUACCAUCCUCAGACAUUCAACAAUAUUUGCAGGCAGCCGCUGGCAAGGGCGGAGCCGCAGACGAUGGCCUGUCUUUUGGAACUGUUGCGGACAAUGUGACCAUCUUUCCUGAUUACAAGUCCCUGAUCCAACGGGAUGGUAGCAGAUUUCCCUCCCAUAUUCCACUCAUGACUGGUACAACCACUGACGAGGGUACCGCCGUGAUCCCCUUCAAUUUCAACGGAAGCGAGACUGCGACUCAAAUUCCAACCGACUAUGUGCCUGUUGCAGAAGGCUUCCGAAUCAACCUUCAGUGUACUACGCUCCAGGAAGCCCAGCUCCGAGCUGUAGCUGGUGGCAAAACAUUCCAGUACAUGUACGGGGGCAACUUUUCGGACAUUUCGCCCCGUCCCUGGCUGGGUGCAUUUCAUGGUUCUGAAUUGCCCCUUGUAUUCGGAACGUACGGGACUGAGGGGCCUGCGACGGAUUUAGAGAAAGAAACCAGCCAGCGCAUGCAAGACCUCUUCUUGGCGUUCUUGUCUAAUCCUAACAAAGGACCGGUAGAUCUCGGUUGGCCGGAGGUAUCUGGGACUACGGGCUAUGACAUACUCAAAUGGGGAACAGACGGCAAGGUUGAACAGGUGGUGAGCGUAAACGAGCUACGGGAAGAAUGCUUGAAGGCUGGGUGGGAUGUCUGA